GUGUGUGUGUGUAUAAGUUUGUAUUAUUAACUAUUGAAUCUCUUUAAUGUUUUUAAUGUUUUCCAUGACAGCUGUAGGGAGUGAAUCAAAACCAAUCAGCUUGCGUGGCCAGAACUACCUGCUGUAUAAAACGAUGAAGAUCGCCAAUUAAGAGAGAAGCAGCUUUAAUUUAAGUGCUUCGGCUGAAAAUAGGCGUCAGUCGCCGGCGUGCUGACCGUGAGGAUGGUUGUCGGUGGAAACGUCUUCGCCCUGAACACGUUUUGGACAGAGUCGUCUUACAAAAACGUACGAAUUAACGUUAACGCAAACUCGCCAUAGCACAAGUAAUAGAGGCGUGUUAACGUAACGAGCUCAAUAUUUCUGACUGAAGUUCAGGUGUAGCUUAGGGAGACGCGAAUUUAAAAACUGCUACUCUUUGUAACUUUUUACUCAAAUGUGACUAAAAUAUAGUGAAACAGCUCAGCAUGAAUGAAGCGUGAAAAACGCUGAUGAAAACGCGUUGCCGGGCUUUGCCCGGUGUUGUCCCUUCUCUCUUGCCGUACUGUUGUCAUGGGGAAGUGUCAUGGUGGCUGCGGACUCGUAGGACUCAGGUUUCGAUGUUGGUUUCGUUUAUAUAUCGUUGACACUGGUCAGAAUGGUCAUUUCCAGCCAUAAUUAGCUUUAGACAUCAUGACCGAGGCCCUGCGCGACGAGGAGCUGCGGCCCGUGCCGAAGGAGAGGGCCAUCCUGGAGAGCUUCUUCACGCAGCUCGGCAUGUUCUCGUUCGACCGGGCGAAGGACUACGUGGAGAAGGAGAAGGACAGCAGCAAGAGCGCCGGCGCUAUCUGGGCCUCGCUGCUGGCCGCGCUCGCCCACCUGGCCGCGGCGGAAAAAGCCUACCACAACAUGACUUUCCUCGGGCAGAAACUGGGUGGUCAGUCGUUCUUCAGCAGGAAGGAUUCCAUUAGGACAAUUUACACGUCCUUACACAACGAACUGAAGAAGGUAGUAUCUAUGGGCCGUCAUCCCCCCGGGGGCUCCAGCCCUUACCUGGAAGAGCUGCUCUCCCAUCUGUCCGAGCAGCUGUGCCACUUCACGCAGGCCAGGAUGGAGAUCGCCGACCUAUAUGAGAAGAUGCACUCACUCAGCAGCCAGAAAACGGUCAACUCUGAGGAGCUGGUGAGCACGUUGGAGAGCAUCAUGCAGAAAUACAGUUCCAGGUUCCACCACCCUAUCCUGAGUCGACUGGAGGGCAGUUUCCAGGUGGAGGUGGAUGUCCUGACGCAGCUGCUGCGCUGCCAGGCCCAGAUCUCCGAGUGGCACUUCCUGCCUUCGCUGCUCAACCUGCAUGGCGCCCACUCCAAGCUGCAGGCGUGGGGCCAGGCAUUCGAGCGCCAGCGUGAGACCCGCAAGCACCUGUUCGGCGGCCAGUCGCAGCGGACCGCACAACCGCCACACCUCUACUUGUGGCUGCAGCGUUUGCAGGGGGCUCUGCUGGCCAAGUUCACCUUCUACUUCCAUGAGGCGCUGAGCCGGCAGGCGCUGCCAGGUGAGAUGAAAGCCUUGACCGCCCGCACCUCACCCGACUAUUUUGGCAAAGUGUCAGCCUUCAUCCGCAAGCAUGACGCCUCCAACGUCUCGCUGGUCUUCGACAACCGAGGCUCAGAGAGCUUCCAGGGCCACGGGUACCAUCACCCACACUCGUAUCGUGAUGCGCCCAAAGGAAUGGACCAGUUCCCGGCUGUGGUGUCACUUCCCGGGGGUGAGAGGCCGCUCACGCACUGGCCCAACGUCAUCAUGAUCAUGAGCGAUCGUACAUCUGAGCUCAACUCACUGGACAAGGUCAUGCACUUCUACGACGACAAAGUCCAGAGCACCUAUUUCCUGGCUCGCCCCGAGCCCCACUUCACUUUGGUUGUGAUCUUCGACGGGAGGAAGUCGGAGAAGGACUCACAUGUGGUGGCCUUCCUGCAGGAGAUUUCCACAUCUCUGAGGAACUCCAAACCCUUCAGUACGCUCAAGCCAGGCUCCAAAGGUUGAACUGACCACAUUGAGCCCAUUCAGUGGCCAGUCCCUGAAGUCUGUGCAUCUGCCAAUGUAAUGUUUGUGAUUGCAGGGGGUUCUGCUGGCCAGGCUCAGCUUCUACCUCCAGGAAGACCAUCCUACACCUAAACGACUUAAAACAGUGCUUAGCCAAACCAAUCUCUCAGCAAGCAUGCAUUGAUAUCAGUUAUUAAUUCCUUUAUGGAAUUAUUUGGUUAUGUCUGUCAAGGCCUACCAACAGCAUUUCCUUAAAUGUGUUAUUUCAGUCACUCUUUGAGUCCUAAUGCUGCUGAAACUGUUUUAAUAUUUCAACUUUUUCCUUUUUUUUUGUUUUUUUUUUAAAUCUCAGUGAAACGCCAGAGGUCCGGUACCUGUGCUAAUUAUUUAGCUUUAUACUGUGAACUUUAGCGACCAAUCGUCAUCAGACCAAAGUAGCUUUUUUUGCCCAAAGUUGGCCUUUUUACUAGACCUUUGAACCUUUUGAAACACAUUUUGUCCUUUUUUCUGGUCUCGCUGGGGUUGGACAGUGAAAGUCCUGCUGCUAUAAAGGCUUUGCCUUAAUUUUUUAUUUGCAGUGCACAAAACAUUUUAACAGCUGAGCAUUUGAUUUUAGGAUUCUUUCUUCUUUGUGUACUGCAGUUAUUUACUAAAAUAAAGGUUAUUU